AUGGGCAGUGGCGUGUGCACGUUUAUUUAUAACGGUAGAGAUGUCAUCGGAUAUGUUACUAAGGUAGGUGCGCCAUCUGUGAACGCUUCGGGUUCAUGCAUAGUCGAAUUCAGUCUAACGAAUGAACGCAAGCGCCAAGUCAGAGUGACAUUGUGGGGCCACCUUGGUGAUGUUAUGAUUCAGAGGAAGGGUGAGAACCCACCCGUUUACUCUCUUAUCUUGACUUCCAUGAGCGCGAAGUUCUACCUCGGCACCCUGUGUUUGUCCAGCUCAACAUCGACUAUGCUCAUCGAUUCGGACGAGAUACCUACGCUGCAGUCUUUCAGGGCGUCCAUCAGCUGUGUUGUCGUCGACGGUACUAGCGAGCCAAUUACCGAGGAUGUAGCCUGUGUUGGCACCCUAAGUGAGCUUUUGGACAAGGUGCGUGGCGACAAGACUAAAAAGAAGGCCUACUUAUGCAGAUUCGGAUUCAGAAGAAACAGUUGUCUUCAGUUGGCUGGUUAUGGGAUUGGGGAUGACGGUGGCAUGCGUUAG